CUUAUAUGAGCUGUCUCAUUUAAGUUGUAUUUUUUGGCCAUAAAGUUUGUAAUUAUAAUAAUAAUUUCUUUCUUUUUUUUAUAUUUUGAACUCUCAUUGUAUUUAUAAUACCUGUCUUUGUAUUCUACGUGCUGCAUUCCACGCCAAAUUUGUAUAACACAGUGUUAACAACCUUUGUCUAUGUCUAUGUCUAAUUAAAUAUAGAUUUUAAAUAGAACACUUGACUUGAUUUCUAUACCUUGACAGAAAUUCAAUCUGUCUGUUUAGAUAACAACUCAAAACUCUCAUCUUUAAGAAGAAAGCCAAUUGCUACUAUUUAAGUGACCUAGCUGAGCUUCAGCAGCUUGUCCUUGUGUGUAUAUAGAGGAUCCCUAUGCCCUAGAACAUUUGAAAGAAGGUUUAUGGUGGGGAAAAGCAAACAGUGACCCAUUAGCUGUACCGAAGUGCCUGCGUAUAAGCUAUUCAGGAGAAGGGCUGCUUAGCCACAUAGAUGUGAUGUGAGAGAUGGAUUUCAUCUGGGAGCAGAGAGUUACUAAGAGUGUUACAUUAUUACAACAGUUUGUUUUUGUUUCACACUGUGUCGGAGAAACAAGGACACAGUGUCACUGACAUGAUGAACCAAACAGAUAAGCAGUGUAGAGGACAGUGGUGGUUUAGUGUAUAAGCUGUUUUUGUUCCUCCUAAUGUAGUGGUUCAAAUAUAACAAGGACAGAGUCAGUAAAUUUAAGAAGGUGUGGAUUUUUUGGAGUGCGUCAUUCCAUGAGACUGCUGCACAAACAGCAGGCAAAUUAUCCUAUCAAUUCUGCUUCAAGGCUGCCUGAGCAUCAACCAAUCACUGGAGCAGGCUAAGUACAGGCCAGAGUGCCAUUGCAGUCAGGAUGAGAUAUGGCAAGGGCCACUAGUUAUUACUUCUCUCAGACAGGGAAGGCCAGCUAACUUUAUCAUACAGAUCGCAGUGGCGAGUGUCUUAAUCACCGCCAGUAAUGAACCUGUGAGCAGAGUGGUAAGUGGAGUCUGGAGCCUCAGACUGGAGGCAGCAACAUGUUGACAUCCCCAAAAUCCAGAUCUGAGAGGAAACUGCAAUCCUCUUUCUACAGCUGAGGGGGAAGCUGCUUCGACUUCUGUACAACAAGCCUAGCUUCAGUCACAGUUUAUCAACAAGGUUUUCUAUGUGAUAUUUCAAUCUAAAUGUCUAAUUAAGCCAGAUGCCAAGAUAUUAUAUUCUGUGACCCUCUCACUGUUAAACAGUGUGUGUAAAUCUAUAUCUUUGCAUCUAGAGAAUAGCAUGAAUAUUGUCUAAUUUUGAUUAAGUACUCAUUUAAUAUUAAUACAUGCAUAUUACAAUGUAUUAAAGCUGAGAGCUGUAAUUUCUCUAUGGCUAAUGGGACAGAAACAGUAACACGGUAUAAAACAGUAUCGCCUGUGUAAACGUACAUUUUACACUCAGACACAGAGGAGGCAGCCUCAUGGCGAACAGGACAGGGCCCAAUAUGGAUCCCUGCAGCACACAACUUGGAUACUGGAUAAUAAUGAAAGAAAAUGAAUGAAUAAAAUGUGAUGACUCAGUCAUAUUGGUCAUGUAACAGGGAUGUUUUUUUAAACCCAUGUGGUGUCAUAAACUGACAUAAGCGUAUACAUUGUUCUUGCCCCUUAAUGAAGGGCAACGCUCUGCCAAAUGGGAAAUUGUUAACCAUAAUGGUUUUAUUUCAAGUCUGAAGGGUAUUUGUCUCUGAUAAAAUUUCAGCAUUUCAGUUGUCCUGAUGCAAUAAUCCACCUAGAAACUAAUGUUUAUUUAUGUAAGUGCCACGCAGGUCCUACCAAGUUUUAAUUCUUUAUCUGUUACAUAUUCACUAGACAUUUGCAACUUUGAGGUUUUUCAAUGUUCUUUAAUUCACUGCCCUUCUAGAGAGGACAAAGACUAAAGAUAAUCACAUAAAGUCAAACCCAGUUUUAUGGUGCCUCAGCUGAUAGUUAAAGUCAGCAGAUACGUCAUCCAGGGCUCAAAUACCAGCCUGUUUCAACGUGUUUCACAGUUUAGUAGACAAAGCCACGGAGAGAUUCACUGAGCUGUUUGGUGGAAAUCAUAGGGUUGACAGAGAAAUUUACAUUUAAUCCUAAAGAGGGAAUAGACAACCCAGUGAUGGUCAUCACAGACGACGCAGACUCUGUGUCAACACCCAGCCCACGUCUGUGUGUUCUUAAACGAGAGGAGGGGGAGUCCUAUGGCUUCCAUCUGCGGGUGGAGAGGGGACGUCAGGGCCACAUAAUCAGAAAUGUAGUGUCAGGAGGUGUUGCAGGGCGCAGUGGCCUUCAAGAUGGAGACAGGCUUCUGGAAGUCAACAACUGCUAUGUUGAUGAUGUUCCUCACCCUGAGGUGGCCAGGAAGAUAAAGAUAAGUGGACACCAGUUAUGUUUAUUAGUGUUGGAUGGGGAGGAGUAUGAGCAGGCCGUGUCCCGAGGUCAAGACCUUCGGGGUCGGGCCAGAGCGCACAAGGGAGAGAGCUGCAAACCACCCAGACUCUGCCACAUCACCAGGGAUCCUGUCUCAGGUCUGGGCAUCAACUUCACACCCGUGGAAGGAGAGAAAGGUCGCUUCUCUGUGAGCCUGGUUACAGGAGGUGCAGCUGAAAAGGCAGGGGUGCAAAAAGGAGAUCGCUUGGUUUGGAUGAACGGAGCAACAGUGUCCGAUCUCACACACUCUGCACUCAGUAGGAUGAUGAAAAAAUGUGGCAAACACAUCACACUCCUAGUGAUUGAUAGCGAGAGUGAGAAGAACUACAUACGAGAGAGGAUGCCCAUCCUGCCCACCAUUGCUGUUCCACAUAACCUUCCUUAUAGAGCCAGAAAACUCCACCUGGUCUGUGGGCCCGAGGGCUACGGCUUCCUCCUUCGGCUGGAGAAGGCGCCAUCAGGACGCAUAUCUCAUGUUCUGCGUGAGAUGGACAGGGGCAGUCCAGCAGAGAGGGCAGGUAUGCGUGAUGGAGAGCUGCUGCUAGAGGUCAAUGGAGAGUCAGUGGAGUCACUGAAGCAUGAGGAAAUUGUGGACAGAGUGAGACUGAGUGGACAACAGGUCUCCCUCACCAUCAUCAGUCCCCAGGGGCUGGAGUUCUACACCCAGUUGGGUCUAUCACCUCUUCUCUUCUGUGAAGAUGAUGCUGAUGAGAGAGAAAAGGAGAGCAGCACACCAGCCUCUGAAGCAGAGCACACACCACAAAAGGAAAUGGAUGGCUCGGGAAAACCCAGACUCUGUUCUAUCCGGAAAGGCUCUUUGGGGUUUGGCUUUAACCUGGGCUGUGUCCCACAGAGUCCUGAGACCUUCAUAAGCCAGGUGGCUUUUGGGGGCUCUGGGCAGAGUGCAGGAUUGCUUGUGGGUGAUGUGGUGAUAGAAGUCAAUGGACAAAAUGUUGAGGAGAAAUGUCUGGAAGAUGUUAUAAUGCUUGUGAAGGAAGGAGGACAUUUCCUUUCCUUACUAGUCAUGGAUAAAACUGGCUACAACAAGUCGAGGCAGACUGACACACCUACCAGAGAUAUCAAUGACAGUGAGCAGGAGGAAGACAAUUAUGAGAUAUCAUGUUUGUGAGCGACAAAGAUACCAUGUACCUGCUGGAGAGACUUCAAAAUGAGCUGAUCAAGAAAACUAACAUCAUCAUUAUUAUUAUUAUAUUAUUCAAGAUUGCCUUAAUCUAAUGCCAGGCUUUUGAAUACAAAAGAUGAAACACAUAAAAUAAGCUAAAUUAAACUGUAACAGUGUCAGUUGUACAAAUCACAAAGAAAUGUUAUAAUGUGUAUUUAUAUUUGGUAUAAAAAUGUAUUUUGGUUCAGUAUUACAGAUCUAGAUAAGAAGAACAUUUAAACAAUUUCCACAUAUGAUCUUAAUAUAAAUUAAUUUAAAAAAAUUAAUAAUCACAGAAUAAAUCAAAUACUCCACGGCUUAAAAAAAACAAUCUCUUAACUAAAUGUCUUACUGUACUAAUAUGACUGUAACCCAGCAGAAACUUCCAGCAGCAUUUUUUAAAGGAACGAAAUGAGUAGCAGCAAUAUAAAGUACUGGUGAUAAAUGACCAAGAUGUUGAUGUUAAUUGUAUUGUUUCAUGUGGGAGUGGGGGGUUAUAUGUAUGUGUUUUUCGUAUUACAUAUAAAACAUUACAUAUAAAUGUUUGUAUUCUUGCAGAGAACGUGUAUGUUUAUUGAGAAUGUAGCUGACAGCAGAUAUAGAAGUGACAGAAGAAAAAAAUCUUUGUUUUAUUGUGUAACCUGUUCAGGUGUAAUCUUACCUGUGUCACCAAAUGUGAAUGAUAUUCACCAAAUGUUUGCCACGUUGAACUCCCAAAACAUUCAUAACCUAAUACAGAAUACACAAAGCCAUGUGAAAAAUGGAUUAAAGCAUACAAGUUUCUUGACUAAUGUAAAAGUGGUGGUACAUAAUAAGAGUUUAGCAGAAAAGCCUAGAUUUUCAUGUAACUGAUCUGACCAAAUAUAUUACAAGACUUAAUGACUAUAACAUCAUUUGGUGGUGUUAAGAUGAGUGAGAUGUGUCCCUGGUGAUGUAUAUAUGAAUACAUUUAUGUUGCCUACAAAAGUA